CUACCUGGCCUUGCGUGAAAAAGUAAUUGCCCCCUUAUUGAAUCAUGAAUUAACUGUAGCUUAUCACAUUUUUUUGGAAAGCUGAGUUCAUAUUUUCAAAUUCAAGAACAGAUGAGAAAUAAAGUACUUGACACCAUCAGUCUGGAAAGGGUUACAUAGCCAUUUCCAAAGCUUUAGGACUCCAGCAAACGAUGGUAAGAGUCAUUAUCCGCGAAUAGAUUAAAAAAAUGGAACAGUGGUGAACCUUCCCAGGAGUGGCCUGUCAUAAAAAAUUACUCCAAGAGCACAGCGAUGACUCAUCCAUGAUGUUACAAAGGAACCCAGGACAACAUCAAAAGAACUGCAGACCUCCUUUGCCUUAGUUAAUUUACAAUAAGGAAGAGACUGGGGGAAAAUGGCUUCCAUGGCAGAGUUCCAGGCCAAAACCCACUGCUAACCAGAAAGAAAAGUCUUGUCUUACUUUUGCAAAAACAUGGUCGAGGGCUGCUUUGUUACUUCAGGACCUGUACGAUUUGCUGGAUAAAACCAGUAAUUCUGUUCCUUUCCUGAAAAUUCUGAAUAUUCGGCCAUCAGUUUGUAAAUUCAAACUGAAGCUCACUUGGUUUCCGCAGCAAGACAACGAUUCAAAACACACCAGAAAGUCAACCUCUGAAUGGCUCAAGGAAGAAGAGAAAAACAAAAAGGACCCUGCGCCGGCCGCGUUGGAUUUUCCUCCCCAUCCCACGGAGGCGACGCUGACAGCGUGUGUGUAAAGAGGGCGGGUAGGGGGUGAGGAUCGGGAUGAGAAAAAUCGUGAAGAAAUCGGCGUAGCUGGCCAGCUCCUCCGUUCACUACGCCCAAUGGCUUCGGACACUUGUUUACAUCCGAGGGAUUUGUCCGCCUUUUGGAUUUACUUGGUCUCGGACCGACGGUAAAAGACGUUCGAUCGGAAUACUAGGUCGUAAAUAUCCGGUCAGGUCAGCCCAUCCAAGCGCCACAUGAGGGGACGCGCAGUGCGCCCCUGCGCCGCGGUGCUGCUGUGACUCGGUGGCCGGCAACACAGGGACCCGCAGGGCCGAUGCUGCGCGGCCAGAGCAUGCUGAAGAGCCGCUGCUGCGUCCUGCUUGGUGACCUGAGGCUGCUCCUGCUCGGGCCGCCGGCGCCUCCGCCGCCUAUGAGCGGACAAGCCACGGACAGCCGCGAGCCGGGCGUCGCCGAGCGAGGCACCCCGCCCGCGGAAACUGCCACCGCAGCCGCCGGGGCCGGGGCCGAGCGAGGACCGGCGGUGCCGGGCUGGGUGGACGCCGCGGAGCUGUCGGCGGCGCUGCGCGGAUGCAGCAGCUCCUCAGACGACUGCUCGAAGGGCAAACUGGAGGAGAGGUUCUCCCUCACCAGCUACACGGAAAGCGGCUUCAGGACGCCCGUGUGCAGGAUCUGCUUCCAGGGACCUGAGCAUGGGGAGCUCCUGAGCCCGUGUCGCUGCAGUGGCUCGGUCCGCUGCACCCACCAACCCUGCCUCAUCAAGUGGAUCAGCGAGCGGGGUUCCUGGGCCUGUGAGCUCUGCUAUUACAAGUACCAGGUCAUCGCCAUAAGCACAAAGAACCCACUGCAGUGGCAGGCCAUCUCGCUCACAGUAAUCGAGAAAGUGCAGAUAGCGGCAGCCAUCCUGGGCUCUCUCUUCCUGAUGGCCAGCAUCUCCUGGCUGGUGUGGUCCUCGUUCAGCCCGUCAGCGCGCUGGCAGCGCCAAGACCUGCUCUUCCAGAUCUGCUACGGCAUGUAUGGCUUCAUGGAUGUCGUUUGCAUAGCGCUGAUUGUCCACGAGGGGCCUUCCGUGUUCCGCAUCUUCCACCGCUGGCAGGCUGUCAACCAGCAGUGGAAGGUCCUCAACUAUGACAAGUCUAUGGACAACAUUGACAUGAAAGACGUCGCAGUGGACAGGACUCAUCAGCCCGGCCAAGCUUACCAAGCUGGGCUCGGGGUGUCCCCCUCCACCUCCUCGCUGAUGGUGGUCGCCUCCACAACCGCCGGCUCCACUUCCACCACCGUGGUGGCGGCGGCCGCCGGAGGACCGGGGGCGGACGGGAACGCUGACGGCGGCGCGGUGGCCGACCCGCAUUGCCCCUACAACCUCCUGCACCUGCUCAGCCACCUGAGGCCGUCGGAGCCCCGCAGCCAAAGCAGCGGUAACACGCGAGAGCUGGUCAUGAGAGUCACUACAGUCUGAGAAGUCAGAUGAGGCCUUAUCUCUCAUGUGGAGGGGCGGAGUAAUGCUCGUGAAGCAGCUGAACUGCACUGAACUGACUUCUUGUUUUCAUCAUCACUGUCCUUCCAUGGAUUGAAUAAAAAUAUAAAUUGGUUAAUUUGCAGAGCUGCCUGGAAAAUGGUUCUUUUGGGGAUUCAUAAUGCAGAAUACAGACAUACGACCUUUAA